AUGACCAUAUUUCCAGCGAGACGAGCUGAGGGUCGCAACAGCAUAUCUGGUGGUGUUGGUGUCGCAGCUGGUGAUGGAGAUGGCACUACUGGAAAAUGGCAGAAUUCCGACCGUCAAAACGGUCAAAAAUCGGUCGGAAAUCACGAAUUUCUGACUACUUUCCGACCGAAAUUGGUCGGUCGGAAAAUAGUUGCUGGUGGAGAAGGCGGUGGUGGUGACGGCGACGGUGGUGGUGGAGGUGACGGCUAUGGAGGUGGUGUAGAAGGUGAUGGAGGUGGUGGAGAAGGUGGUGGUAGUGGCGACGGCUGUUGCCGCUUAGGUGGAGGGCUACGAGAAGGGCUACUUUUAGGAGAAUUUUUUGGAGAUUUCCCAAUGGAAGGCCACUUAAACUUAAAACGCUGA